AGUAAAAAGUUGUUACGCUAUGUCUCUUGGUUCCCCAUCACUGUCUCUCAUUCUCAUUUGACUCGAGAGAGAAGAAUUUCAGCAGGAAGAAGAAGAAAAUCAACUUCAACUUCACUUUGAUGAUAAGCUGCUUCUGAUAUGAACAUAUUCAAGCAGCUUAGGCCCAGCAAGCGGGGAUUAAACGGUGUUUCAAGGCAUUAUAAAGUUCCUUUUAUUUCCUUUCUCCAUUCAUCAGCAGACACCUCGGUGGAAGUUCAUUCUCCAGAGCAAGAAGUAGUGAUUGCUUUGGGGAGCAAUGUGGGUGACAGAUUGCAUAACUUCAAUGAAGCCCUGCGGCAAAUGAAAAGAUCGGGCAUAAAUGUUACGAGACAUGGUUGUUUGUAUGAGACGGCACCGGCCUAUGUGACUGAGCAGCCUCAGUUUCUUAAUUCUGCUGUUAGAGCUUUCACAAAACUUGGACCUCAUGAGUUAUUGGGAGCACUGAAGAAGAUUGAAAAGGACAUGGGUCGUACUAAGGGAAUCAGGUACGGUCCUAGGCCAAUUGACAUGGAUAUAUUGUUCUAUGGAAACUUAAGGGUCAAUUCUGAUGUUCUUACGAUCCCACACGAAAGAAUUUGGGAAAGACCAUUUGUAAUAGCGCCACUGAUGGAUUUGCUGGGAAUAGCUAUUGAGAAUGAUACAGUUGCUAGCUGGCAUUCUCUCUCCCCUCACUCCAUGGGGAUUUUCGAAUCAUGGGAGAAACUAGGUGGUGACCCUAUAAUCGGAAAGAAAGGUAUGAGGAGAGUUUUGCCCAUUAAUAAGGGCUUAUGGAACUGGUCUCAGAAAACCUCAAUCAUGGGCAUCCUCAAUCUGACACCAGAUAGUUUUAGUGAUGGAGGGAAGUUUCAAUCCGUGGAGGCUGCGAUCUCUCAAGUUCGCUUGAUGGUUUCAGAAGGGGCAGAUAUGAUCGACAUUGGUGCACAAUCUACACGUCCAAUGGCUCCUAGGAUUUCUCCCCAAGAAGAAUUGGACAGACUGAACCCAGUUUUGGAAGCCAUUCUUGAAAUGCCUGAAAUGGAGGGAAAACUUGUAUCCGUAGACACGUUUUACUCGGAAGUUGCUUCAGAAGCAGUCAGCAAAGGGGCUCAUAUCGUAAAUGAUGUGUCUGCCGGGCAGUUAGAUUCCGACAUGCUUAGGGUUGUUGCUGACCUUGAGGUUCCUUAUAUUGCCAUGCACAUGAGGGGAGACCCAUCAACUAUGCAGAAUAGUGAAAACCUAGAAUACGAUGAUGUUUGUAACCAGGUUGCUACUGAGCUUUACUCUAGGCUGAGAGAUGCCGAAUUAUCGGGUGUCCCAGCUUGGAGGAUAAUCAUUGACCCAGGGUUUGGAUUCUCAAAGAAUACUGAGCAGAAUUUGGAUAUUCUUACGGGGCUACCGAAGAUCCGGGCAGAGAUUGCAGACAAAAGUUUGGCCUUGUCUCAUGCACCUCUACUUAUAGGACCUUCUAGAAAGAGGUUUUUAGGCGAAAUAUGUUCUCGCCCUGCUGCAGUUGAUAGAGAUCCUGCUACUGUUGCAUCUGUCACUGCCGGAGUUUUGGCUGGUGCCAACAUUGUCAGAGUACACAACGUGAGAGAGAACCGAGAUGCUGUCAUGCUAUGUGAUGCAAUGUUGAGGAGGAGAUCUAUUGCAUCAUUUUAGGAAGUUGGGCAAACUCUGCAAUUUUUUCUUACUGCAAAGUUGUGCUUCAUGAAAAUCUGUAUCAUUUUGUGCAACAAGUUUAUUUUUUGCAAUAACAUUACUUCUUUUGGAGAAUCUGUACCCAUUUUUGUUCGUGAA